AGCAGUCUUCCUGUCUAGAAAGGAAACACUGCUCUGAUUGGAGAUACUGGCCAUGCUACAGACUUCAAAGCAACUUAGGCAAUGGAACAGACAAAAGGGAGAACAGGCUGAAGAAAUGUCAACAAUUGGGAGCCUUGAAGGAUUCCAGCCUGUGUCCCUGCAGCAAGAGGGAGAUGAGCAGCCCUCUGAGACUGAUCACCUGUCUGUGGAAGAAGAGGACCCAGGCAAGGACCCAGUGCCAAUGCCAAUGUCAAGGCAGACAAGUGUGACCGAAUCGACACUUUACCCCAAUCCAUAUCACCAGCCUUACGUCUCACGAAAGUACUUCGUUACACGGCCAGGUGCCAUUGAGACUGCCAUGGAAGACUUGAAAGGCCACAUAGCUAAGACUUCUGGAGAGACCAUUCAAGGAUUCUGGCUCUUGACAGAGAUAGACCACUGGAACAAUGAGAAGGAAAGGUUGUUGCUGAUCACAGACAGGACUCUCUUGAUCUGUAAAUAUGACUUCAUCAUGCUCAGCUGUGUGCAGCUGCAGCGGAUUCCCCUGAGUGCUGUCUAUCGCAUCUGCCUGGGCAAGUUUGCCUUCCCUGGGAUGUCACUGGACAGGAGACAAGGGGAAGGCCUUAGGAUCUACUGGGGGAGUCCAGAGGACCAGUCACUGCUAUCACGCUGGAACCCAUGGUCCACUCAGGUUCCUUAUGCUACCUUCACUGAGCACCCUAUGAAACACACCAGUGAGAAAUUCCUCGAAAUUUGCAAGUUGUCUGGGUUCACGUCUAAGCUUGUUCCAGCUAUCCAGAAUGCCCACAAGAAUGCCACUGGAUCCAGCAGAGGAAAGGGCCUGGUGGUGUUAACUGAACCCAUUGUGAUUGAGACCUACACAGGCCUAAUGUCAUUCAUUGGAAACCGCAACAAACUGGGCUAUUCCCUUGCCCGUGGAAGUAUUGGUUUUUGACUCCUUUAUCCAUCAUAAGUGAAGAUUAUGUUCCAGCCCACUGUAUUUUUGGACUGACUGAUUAUUUUUAAAGAGUGCUACAUGAUUUUGAAUAUUUAAUAUUUCAGGAAAUCUAAAACCUUGAUUGAUAGA